AUGGGGGCGUUUGGGAACGCUGCUGGCUCUGCUGACAGGCUGCUCCACAGGGGGCUGUGGGCUCUGCUGCUGCUGCUCUCUGUGGCCAUCUACGGCUCCCACGCCCCCCUGCUGACCCUGUGCAAGGUGGAUGGGGCCAUCCCCUUCAGCUCCACGUCCGUGGUGGUGCUGGUGGAGCUGACCAAGCUGUUGCUGUCGGUGCUGUCGCUGCUGCCGGGGGCGCGGGAGCCGCUGCCGGCGGCGCUGUCGUGGCGCCACGCCGCGCCCUUCGCCCUCUCCGCCCUGCUCUACGCCGCCAACAACAACCUGGUGGUGCACAUGCAGCUCUUCAUGGACCCCAGCACCUUCCAGGUGCUCAGUAACCUGAAGAUCGUCAGCACGGCGCUGCUCUACAGCCUCCUCUUGCGGCGGCGCCUGGGCCCGCGCCGCUGGCUGGCCCUGCUGCUGCUGCUGGCCGCCGGUGUCGCCUACAGCUGCGGUGGGCUGCGGGGACACGGGGACACCGCGGGGACGCGCCUGCACGUCACCCCCGUGGGGCUGCUGCUGCUCUCCGUGUACUGCCUCAUCUCGGGCCUCUCUGCUGUCUACACUGAAGCCAUCCUGAAGAGCCAGGCGCUGCCCCUCGGCCUGCAGAACAUCUUCCUGUACUUCUUUGGGGUGCUGCUCAACCUGAUGGGAUCCCUGUGGACUGGCAUGGAGGGUGGGUUCCUGGAGGGCUUCUCCCCGUGGGUGCUGCUGGUUGUGUUCAGCCAGGCUCUGAAUGGCCUCAUCAUGUCCCUGGUGAUGAAGCACAGCAGCAACAUCACCAGGCUCUUCAUCAUCUCCUGCUCCAUCCUGGUCAAUGCUCUCCUCUCUGUUGCCCUCUUCAACCUGCAGCUCACCCUCCUCUUCUUCGUGGCUGUGGCGUGCAUUGGCCUGGCUGUGCACCUGUACUAUGGAGUCACAUAGUCACUGCCUUCCUCCCCCAGCCCUUCCUCAGGGCUGGAAUCAUUCCUGGUGCACAGCUCCAAGGAUCCCCCAAGGAGUGCUGAGGGAGAGAGCACCCUGCCCCUGUUUCCACAGGGAAACUGCCCUGCUUCAGUCCAGCCAGGCUCUGUGCCAUGGGGCUCCCAUGGCAUCAGCCAUGCCCAGCUUUAGGGGGGUCCUGAACCCCUUGUGCCAGGGGAGGUUCAGGUUGGACCUUAGCAGUGAUUUCUUCACAGAAGGGUUGAUUAAACACUGGCAGGGGCUGCCCAGUGAGGUGGUGCAGUCACCAUCACUGGAGGUGUUUAGGGACAGGACAUGGCACUCAAUGCCAUGAUCCAGGUGACAGGGUGAUGUUGGGUUACAGGUUUGACUCCAUGAUCCCAGAGGUCUUUUCCCACAUAAAUGAUUCUGGGACUCUGUGUCCCUUGUCCUCAAGCUGCUUCCCCACACCACAGUGGCCUGGGAAUGUCCUGGCAGUGCCUCCUGCCAGCCCAGCAUGGCACUGGUGCUGUUUCAGCUCCCAUGGAUGCUGCUCGAUCCCUGCCAUUCCUGGUGCUGCUUCCCUGGGUCUCUCCCACCUCCACGGUUUUCCAGGCUGGCCCUGCCUGGAGCCCUGCUGUCCUCGGGCCCCAUUUCCCCUUCCUGGCACAGUGUCUGCACAACAGCCAGGGGCUGGGGCACGUGGGAACCUUCACCUGCUCCCCAAAAGGGGGACACCCCCCCAAAUUUGUACCAAGUUCCUGGCAGGCAGAGGCCACCCAGGGUAUUAAAGCUGCGGUUCAACAGCG